CCAUCCUCUCAAAUCCAACCUUUUUAACUGAUUUACCUACAUAAUAGGCCUCUCGCCCAAGAAGAUCCAUUCUCCAUUUCUUACCAAACAAGAGCUCUACAUUUGGCACCCAGUUGAAAGAAAGAAAGAAAGGCUUCACCUUUUGUUUUUCCUUCCGGGAUCACACAUUCUGUUGCAGUUUCUGAUUGUGUGGCGAAGAUGUCUGCAGCUGUAGGAGCUGUCUCUGCAACAAAAGACGUUCCCUUUAAUCCUCAUUUGGAGGAGGAGGUUAAAAACAUUGAAGCUCAAGACACCGAAACUGAGACUGAAGCAGAGGAAGAAGAUGACUCCAAGUUGGAAUCUGACAAAGAAUUGGACCUUGGUCCUCAAUUUUCACUCAAGGAACAGCUUGAGAAAGAUAAAGAUGACGAAAGUUUGAGAAAAUGGAAGGAGCAACUUCUUGGCAGUGUUGAUUUCGCUGCCAUUGGAGAGAGCAAAGAGCCAGAAGUGAAAAUAGUGAGCCUCACUAUACUAUGCCCUGGAAGGCCAGAUCUCAUCCUGCCAAUCCCAUUUACUACUGCUUCUAAAAAGUGUCUCUUCACACUCAAGGAAGGAAGCAAAUACCGCUUGAAAUUCACCUUCAUUGUCUCCAACAACAUCGUUUCUGGCCUAAAGUACACCAACGUCGUCUGGAAAACUGGUCUCAGAGUGGACAAUUCGAAAAGGAUGUUGGGAACUUUUAGCCCACAACAGGAGCCGUACGCAUAUGUAUUGGACGAAGAAACUACCCCUUCUGGCUUGUUUGCUAGAGGAAGCUAUUCGGCAACAACCAAGUUUGUAGAUGACGAUGGAAAAUGCUACUUGGACGUCAACUACCACUUUGAAAUUCAGAAGAAUUGGCCAACAAAACACUGAGAUUCAAUCUAUGUUUUGUUAUUGGUAGAUUUGCUUCCUCUGGCACCUUGUAUCCAUUUGGAAAAGAUUGAAAUCCAGCAUGUUGUUCAUCAUAUCCAGUUAUUGCCUUCAUGCACAUGCAUGUCUGUACUCAUGUUUCUACCACUUAUAUGGUUUCUUUUCCUUUUUCUAUGAGUACUCAGAAAAAAGGGAUGUUUCCUCUUUACUUUGACACUAACAGUACUCUACCUAAGA